UCCCUUUACUUUACUUUUCACAGGCAUUCUCUGAGUAAAGCGAAUAAAAGCCUAGGGUUCCAACUUUUUCUCCCAUGAGCCACUGAUUAUCAGCAGUUUCUCCACAUUGUUUCCCUUCUACUUCACGUUCACUCGCUCAAAGUUUCAAUUUUUCACCUAUUUUGGUGAUUUAAUCGACUUUUCGCCUUGCUUGCUGGUGCAAUUCUUCUUCAAUUUUGGAGGGAGUUAGUUGCUUUAAGGGGGUCAAGAAAGCGAAAAUGCCGUGAGUUCAUUUAUUGGGAUUUUUUGCUUUUUUGGGAGACGUACAUGUGAAGCUUAAUUGUGGUGUUUUAAGUAUGAUUUCGUUGCUAAUUUUCCAACUUGGAGCUGUUGAAUCCUUUAUUUAACUCUGUGGAGAAGGAAUAUUCUGGAUCUUUUGUCGCUCUUGUUUAUGCCACUUUGUUUGCUCAGACUCUGUCGAUUCGCAAUUGGGAUCGCUUUUGCCGACUUAUAGUAGCUGAGACUAAGUUAGAUUUAGGAAAUGCUUUGCAGAUAAGGAGAUGCCGCAUCGCACAUUUUGCGGUUGUGUUUAUUGUUUAUCAGUCAGUACAUUUUAGGGAUUUUAGGCGAUGGAGGAUAUUGGGCUGUUCAAUCAAGGGUGGAAAUGGCUGCAAUCGAAGGACUGUUAUUCUGUAGCGAGGACGGGUCUGAGCUGUUUAAGAGACAAGAUUGGGAUUUUCAAGGAGCGGCAUUGGCCGAUGGUGUGUUGUGGAUGUGCGAAAUUCGGGAGAGGUCUUCUGUUCUUGUUGGUGUAUUGGAAAAACUGCUCUAUUUCUGGAUUCCGGUCUUUUGCUGGGCUCGGAUCGGCGGCUCUGCUUGUCAUAAUGUGGAGUUGCUUCCUGAGCUUGACGUCGAUGUCAUGUCUUCUAUAUGUGCUUCUUAGUAUGGGAGCGGCUGGGGCUGCUGUUCAGUAUUUAGGCUACACUCCUGGAAUUUUUAUUGUGGGGCUGUUUGCCAUUCUAAUUUUAUGGAUGUAUGCUAACUUUUGGAUAACUGGUGCCUUGUUUAUAGUUGGUGGCUAUCUGUUUUCAUUGAAUCACGCGCGGCUGGUGGUGUUUAUGGCAACAUUGUAUUCUAUGUAUUGCGUCAAAAGCCAAGUAGGAUGGCUUGGAGUUUUUCUCGCAAUUAAUCUCGCGUUCCUAUCUAAUGAUGUGUUGAACUAUUUAAUCAAGUGGUGUGAUAAUUUAAGUGAAAGUACUCAUUUUGAGGAGCAUAAGGAAGCUGAUUCAUUUACAGAAGAUGAUUUUUGCACCAAGUGUGAUUACUCUCCUCCUACUGAAGUAGAAACAGAAGAAGAGAAGCUAAAAUCAUGUAAAUCAGCCACUAAGCCUGCUAGUCCUUCACUGAUUGUUGAAAAGCCAAAAGAAGUUGCUUCUAAGGCUGUGGUUAGAGAAGAUGGAAGUUCCCUGAUUGAGAUGCAGAGGAUUUUAAGUAGUGGCAAUCACUACGAAGCCCUUGGGUUUCUCCGCCAUAAGAAGAUUGAUGUUAUAUUAUUGAAGAAGGAAUACCGGAAAAAGGCCAUGCUUGUGCACCCCGACAAAAAUAUGGGAAGUCCACUUGCAAGUGAAUCAUUUAAGAAACUUCAAUGUGCAUAUGAGGUUCUUUCUGAUGCUGUGAAGAAGAGGGACUAUGACGAGCAGCUCAAAAAAGAAGAAUCAAAGUUUGUUAUGCAGAAAUCAGCUAGCACAUCUUAUCAGACAACUGAUUUUUGCUCUGAGGAGUCAAGGCGCAUACAGUGCACGAAGUGUGGCAAUUCUCAUAUUUGGGUUUGUACAAACAGAACCAAGGCGAAAGCUAGAUGGUGUCAGGAUUGCUGCCAGUAUCAUCAAGCUAAAGAUGGCGAUGGAUGGGUUGAGAACAAGGGCUCACUUGUGUUUGAUCGGCUGCAAAAGGUGGAAAUACCUCGUGCUUUUGUAUGUGCUGAAAGCAAGAUUUUUGAUGUGUCGGAGUGGGCUACAUGUCAGGGAAUGUCUUGCAGAGCCAACACCCACAGGCCGAGUUUCCAUGUAAACAUGGUUGGAUUGGAGAAGUCAACUCAGAGGUCAAAAUCGAGCCGGUAUCCAUGGGAUUUGGACGCUGAGAUGACUGACGAAGAGGAUGAAUUUGAUAUGUGGCUCCAGCAAGCCCUGGCGGCCGGACUGUUUUGUGAAACUUCAAAACGUAGGAAAAGCUGGAGUCCCUUCAAUAAGAAAGGAAAAAACCAGUGGCGCAGAUCGUCUUAGAAGGGCAAGUUUUGUUGUAGACUUGAGUAAUCGGCAUCUAUCUUGUUUCCACCCAUGCACGUCUCCAUACAGUGUCGAACGAGGGAAUCGUACCCGGAAAGCUUCUAGCAGGUGAAAAUGUGGAUCAAGAAUGUGAGGACUGCUUUCCUUGCAAGGUUGAAUCAUGUAAAUAACCAGGAUUCGUCUAGUUUUUUCGCACGUUACACGCCGGCUUUUGCUGCAUUCUUGAGCUUAAGAAUGAAAUUUGGAGGAAUAGCAGAAGUGGUUUGAUUUGGUGCAGCUUGUUUGUGUACACAUUUGCUCACAAGUGUAACCAUUUGAGCAGAUGCAAUAAAGUGAAUAGUAGAAUUAGCAUCUCUCACCUAAAUGCUGUCUGUGUUAUCAAAAUUCAUUGAUUUUAUGGUCA